AUGCCGUCCAUCCGGGCUCCGGCCUCCAGGCAGACGGCCACGCUGCAGGUGGCCGUCAAGUGCAGGCCACUGACCGACAACGAGCGUCGGCGCUCGCGGCACAUCAUACAAGUCAUUGAUGACAAGAAUGUGGCUGUGUUGGACCCUGAUAUCUCCAAGGGCUACCUGGACCUCAUCCAAAACCGGACCAAGGAGAAAAGAUACAGCUUCGAUCACGUGUACGCGCCUGGAUGCUCCAACACGGACGUUUAUAAGAAUAUUUCUCCCACAGUUUUGGGUGUAGUUCAAGGCCUUAAUGUGACAGUCUUUGCCUAUGGAUCUACUGGAAGUGGCAAAACAUAUACAAUGGUUGGAAGCCGGAAUGAUCCUGGUCUUAUGGUUCUUAGCUUUCGCACAAUCUUUGAUCAAAUAAAAAAAGAUGAUAGUUCAGAUACAUUUGAAGUCUCAUGUUCAUAUCUGGAAGUAUACAAUGAGGUUAUCUAUGAUUUGCUUGAGAAAUCCUCGGGUCACCUGGAGCUUCGUGAGGACCCCGAGCAUGGCAUAAUAGUCGCUGGUUUAAGAAGAAUUAAGGUCCAUUCAGCAGAUAAGAUCCUUGAACUCUUGAACAUAGGCAACAGCAGACGCAAGACAGAGAGCACGGAAGCAAACGCAACUUCUUCGCGUUCACAUGCUGUACUGGAAAUUACUGUAAGACGCAAGCAGAAAGGAAAAUAUGGUAGUCAAGUUCUUCGUGGAAAGCUUGCCUUGGUUGAUCUUGCGGGCAGUGAGAGGGCUACUGAAACGAACAAUUUUGGCCAAAAGCUUAGAGAUGGAGCCAACAUUAAUCGGUCACUUCUAGCAUUAGCGAAUUGCAUCAAUGCCCUCGGCAAGCAAAAUAAGAAAGGUCUAGCAUAUGUUCCAUAUCGCAACAGCAAAUUAACUCGAAUUCUGAAGGAUGGUCUCUCUGGUAAUUCUCGAACUGUCAUGAUUGCCACAAUAUCACCAGCUGAUGAUCAGUAUCAUCACACUACCAAUACACUCAAGUAUGCGGACCGUGCUAAGGAGAUAAAAACACAUGUUCAUAAAAAUAUUGGAACGAUCGACAAUCAUGUUGAAGACUACCAAAGGAUGAUAGAGAAUCUCCAGGGUGAGGUUUCUCAGUUGAAAAAAGAAUUAGCUGAUAAGGAGCAUCAAUUAAGUGUAAAACCUACUGAAAAGGCUGCAGAUAAUGAACUAUCUUGGCUAAAUGUCUUGAGCCAAGAAACUGGCGAGAAUGUUCAAGAACGUAUAAAUCUACAGAAAGCACUGUUUGAACUUGAAGAAACCAACAAGCGUAACCGGAUGGAGCUCCAACAUCUUGACAGUGCAAUUGCAAGACCACAGGUGAAUGAGAAGGAUUAUACAGUUUUGCAAGCCUUAACAUCAAGGAGGCAAGUUAUUCUUGACAACAUCCGUGACAAUGACGAAGCUGGUGCUGGCUACAGAAAGGAUAUUGAACUGAAUGAGAGUCGUAGGCGUCAGCUCCAAGAUAUGAUCGAGGAGGCUACCAGUAACAAUGGGAACAGGACUUACCUGCAGAUUCUCAGCCAAUACAGGCUUCUUGGAAUGAAUAAUGCUGAGCUUCAAAUUGAGAUGGCUAUGCGGGACCAAGUAAUACAUAACCAGAGGGAAUCUCUAAGGAGCCUAUGGAACAUUCUAUAUGGAACAGGGCUAAACCAGAAACAGAUUCUGAAGUUGGCUGCUAAGCAAGGCUUAACUGUAGAAGGCUGCCCUUUGCCUAGCUCGAGCCCUGAUGUUUCUACGCCCCAUGGAAGGCUGCCACCAUUCAUGUCGUUUCCUAGUCCACAGUCACAGUCUUCUUCUUCUCCAUCUAGUUGCUUUUUCCAACAAGGUUUCAGCACCAUGUCUGUUCUCAAAAAUCAACACGAGACGCCUACCAUCUGUAGGCAGGAACAUCUCAGCUCGUACUACAUGAUGUCUGGCUGCUCGCCCUAUGUGGGUGAUGGAAAACAAUGGGCGAGUGGCGGGUCAACGCCAUACCAUUCUACCCCAGAGACGAAAAGCGAGCGAUCGCCCUGCAGCGGCGAGCUUCGCACCCCAUAUUCUGGAAUCGAAGGUUUCAGCAGGCAAAGGAAGGAUUCGUGCUCUAGAGAAAGGUAG